AUGAGGAAGAGACAAAAGAACAAAUCCAAAUUACUAGGUGGAGAUGUACAAGGAUGCAAGGACAAAAUGAAAUAUUCAAACAAGAAAAGUGGUGAUGGAGGGCAGUUUCUGGAAACUGAAGCAGAGGGCCACCUCCAGACAACCAACAACAAUCAGCAACAGACAAUCAACAACAGACAAUCAACAACAGACAAUCACCAACAACAAUCAGCAACAGACAAUCAACAACAGACAAUCACAAACAGACAAUCAACAACAGACAAUCAACAACAGACAAUCACAAACAGACAAUCAACAACAGACAAUCACAAACAGACAAUCAGCAACAGACAAUCAACAACAGACAAUCAACAACAGACAAUCACCAACAACAAUCACCAACAGACAAUCAACAACAGACAAUCAACAACAGACAAUCACCAACAACAAUCAGCAACAGACAAUCAACAACAGACAAUCACAAACAGACAAUCAGCAACAGACAAUCAACAACAGACAAUCAAAUCAACAACAGACAAUCAACUAUAG